UCCUGUUUUUGUGUGGUCCUAGGGUUUUUUUUAGACCGCGUGCGUGGAUGUUGGGAUUCAGCCAACCAAGAGAGAGAAGAGGAUGAGGACCUUCGCGGUCGUGACCGUCUUCGGUGUGCUCGCUCACUUUUGCAGAAAUUCAAAUGAGCAUAGAUUUCUUGACCAUCAACAUCUGCAAGCUCCCAUCAUAUUGGUGCUACUGCUGGGUCGCGCCAUCGCCGUCACCGUUGACGCAUAGUUCUCGCAUAGUUAUUCUUAUAAAGGCCAGCGCGGUGCUCAUCACCCAUCGCCCUUUUUUGCGGAUCCCCCAUCGCGCUCAUUCUUGUCAAUUUGGGCUGCCAGGUGCUGUACCGGGGUAUUCUUUGCGCUUCCAUUCUUUUGACCGCUCCGACACCAUUUUGGAUCCUAUCACAUCAUGGCCGACUCGGAGGGCCCAAACUGCUACGGCCCGCGAGUGGACGCCUUUGAGGGCUCGCUUGGCCUGCGCAUCGGUGCCAUCUUCGUCAUCCUCGCAACCUCGCUCUUCACGACGCUCUUCCCUGUCGUGACAAGGAGGGUGCCGCGAUGCAGUGUACCUCGACCCGUGUUUGACUUUGCCAAGUAUUUCGGAAGCGGUGUCAUCAUCGCUACUGCAUUCAUGCACCUCUUGAGUCCAGGUGUCGAGGAACUCCAUUCCGAAUGCCUUUCCCCGGCGUUUCAGAACUACGACUUUGCAUUCGCAUUCGCCAUGAUCAGCAUGUUCAUGGUCUUCAUCGUCGAGCUCAUCGCCUUCCGCGUCGGCUCGAGCUUCGCGCAAUCGCUCGCAUACGACCCGCACAAGGGCGGGCACCACCACGCCGCCGAGCAUUCCACCGUCAUGGCGUCGACGCCAGCAUCCACAACUGUCGCCAGCGCUCCUACUACCACUGUAGUCUCGACGAACAAGAGCCAGUACAAACACGAAGUCGCAGCCAACCCGCCCUCCUCGUCAUCUACCGAUGGGGACGAUGCAAUCGCAAAGGAUAUGUUACUCACCGCCGAGGACCCAGAGCUAGCCGUGGGCGCGGCCGUGUCACCCAGUGCGGCCGCAUCGCAGAUCCUUGGCGUCAUGAUCCUCGAAUUCGGCGUCAUCUUCCACAGCGUCAUCAUCGGUAUCACGCUUGGUACAACUAGCGAGUUCACAACGCUUUUCAUCGUCAUCAUCUUCCACCAGAUGUUUGAGGGCCUUGGUCUCGGCGCGCGUCUCGCCUUCCUGCCGCUACACCCAAAAUCGCUUCUCCCCUUCCUCGGCGCAACCGUGUAUGCAUGCGUCACUCCACUUGGGCUCGCGAUCGGUCUCGGCAUACGGCACACGUACAACGAGGACAGUGCGACAGCCAACUACAUCACUGGGACGUUUGAUAGCGUCUCGGCGGGGAUUCUGUUGUACACGGGCCUCGUUGAGUUGCUGGCGCACGAGUUCAUCUUCAACGAGCGCAUGCGUAGGGCGCCCAUCGGCAAUGUCCUGCUCGCUGUUGGUGAGAUGCUGCUCGGAGCAGGCGUCAUGGCGCUCCUGGCGCGAUGGGCGUGAGCCUGCCGUGUUGAUAUGAGCCGAGCCGGUAAUCACAGAAAACAUGACAUGUGGGUGGGGAGCGCUCGCUGUUUCCCCGGGCGCUGAAGCACGGUCCAUCACACCAUCAAUCCCACAAUUUCGCACCUUCACCAGUUGUGUCGCCAAGAGUCUGGUUCCAUUGCACUAUAGAGCUCAAAUACCAUUCCCCACGUCUUCAUUUCACGUCCCCAUUCGCCCGGCCCGAGCAUGGGUCAUUGGGCCAUGGGGAGCCAAAAGACACUGCAUGUACUCGUACAUAUCAUGUAGGCGCAAGUACGUUGCGCAUGU